CUGUUGUUGUGAGUUGUUGUCAUAGCUUGCUCACUCGCUUCGCGUUCGUCUUCCGUGAAUUUGUGUUCUAAGAAUGAGUCACGAAUACGUUGCAGAUUAUUCGUUGUUCUUCUAAAAAGACAUUCCAAACAGCCCUAACCAGUCAUCUUAAGCUGUUCAUCCUGUCUUUAUCUCACUUCAGUCAAAAUUUGCCUUUUGAAGGAUUCGAAGAUUUAGCGCAAUUUGCGAUUUUGAUCAGCUUGACACAACAAAGGAAUUUCGUUCCACCGAGCCCGAGGCCUUAUUUUGUGAUACACUACACGGAGAGACUACGUGGAACUUUGCACUGGGAUUGAUACUUUUGGAGUUAGAUUUCACAUUCAUGCAGACAUAGCUGACAACAUGAAGGACGAAAUAGCCGCAGCAGUUGUAUUUCUGACGAGGAUCGUGAAGAGGAACACGAGCCUAACAGCUGAACAGUUGAGUAAAUUCUCAGAGAAGUUGGCAUUGACUCUUGUUGAGAAGUUCAGAAAUCACUGGUACGAAGACAAGCCCUCGAAAGGACAGGCGUAUCGCUGCAUUCGAGUCAGCCGAAACGAGCCCAGGGACAGUGUCAUCAGUAAGACUGCUAAAGACUGCGGGAUUCAUUACAAUCACCUCAACUUGCCUGCAGAAUUGACUCUUUGGGUCGAUCCUAUGGAAGUUAGUUGCAGAUUUGGAGAGAGGGGAACCGUUUGUGAAGUAGCUACAUUCAACCAACAAACGGACAACCGACCAUCAACUCCUGUGUCCUCAAACAAUGCCAACAAUCUCCAACAGGACAAUGACAAAAAUGCAAAUCAACUCGCCAUCAUUCCCUCCCAGCCUGCCAGCCCCAAUCCCGUCAUCAACGACAACCUCCGACCGAACGGCGGUCGCAAGACGAUGAACUCUCAGUUUGUUUUCAACAGGAAUGCAGCCAACACGCCCCGCGUCAUCCACCGCCCUCAGAACAAGGUGUGGGUCCGUCAACCCAAACAGGAACAAUACAGAUGGGUCAACAAGUCCGUGGCAGCCCGGGCAUAGCCCUCCCAUCCCCUCCUUCAAACUCUCAUUCCCUAUGGUGCAAAUUUUGUGACUCCCCUUCGGGCUCUCAUAUUUUUAAAACGUUUUUAUAGAUUUUUAAAAUAUUCUUCUUUUUGGUGCUUGUGAGAACUGAUGCUGCGUGGUUGAUUUGAUGUUGUUUUUGUAUCUUGGAAUAAGAGAUUAUGGAAUGGUGCUUAUGGCACUCAAUUCAUGUCUUUUUUCACAUUUUUUAUAUCAAUUUGUACAAUGUCAUGACAUCUUUCAAUAUGUGCAUUAGUCGUUUUUUUUUAAUCCUUUUUUAUGUUUUGUGAAUGUUGGUAACAGGUAUCGGACUCUGCCAUUCAUCUAAGCACUUUGUUAAGAAGAAAAAAAUAUGCUGUGAAUUUCCAGAAUGUGUGUUUUAUAAUGCCAAAGUACUGAAAUUCUGUAUAGACUAUGUCUGUUUGUCGGGUGUGACAUUUUUUUGUUGAAAUCAUGCCAAAGACAAUACAGACUUGUGUAAAAUAAUUGAAUCAU